AUGCUGGCUGGUUAUGAGGAACGCUGGCAGGAACGCUGGCACGUAAGCUGGUUGACGGCAGGGACGCUGGCUGGCUGGCUGGAUCGCUGGCAGGAACGCUGGCUAGCCGGCAGAAACGCUGGCUGGCCUGCAGGAUUGCUGGCAGGAAUGCUGGCUGGCCGGCAGGAACGCUGGACGCCUAUCAGGAACCCUGGCAGGAACGCUGGCAGGUAUGCUGGUUGGCCAUCUGCAUCAGUGGCUGGCUGGCAGGAACACUGGCAAGAAAACUGGCAGGACCGCUGGCCAGCAGGCAGGUAUGCCACAGCAACGCUGGCAGGAAUACUGGCUGGUUGGCAGGAACGUUGGCAGGAGCGCUGUCUGGCUAGCAGGAAAGCUGGCACUAAUGCUGGCUGGCCGGCAGGAAUGCUGGGAAGAAUGUUGGCUGCAAUGCUAUCUGGCUGGCAGGAAGUCAAGCUGCAACGCUGGCAGUAA